AUGAUCUUCUAUUACAGUCAUGCCUGGCAAAUCGCUACUCCCCUCUUACUUGUAGUUUUCUAUACAGUCCUCAAGAAAUUUACAGGAGGUGGUGGUCGCAAGCUUCCUCCUGGUCCAAGGCCGGUCCCUCUACUAGGCAAUGUGCACCAGCUACCCUUGCUUUAUCAACAGCGCGCCUUCGCGCAAUGGGGCAGAGUGUACGGGGAUUUGAUAUACGCAAGGCUUUUCCAGAAACCGGCUCUCGUGCUGAACUCGGUGCAAGUAGCACAGGAUCUCAUGGACAAGAGGAGCUCGAAGUACUCUGAUAGGCCCAACUUCAUCCUGCUCACAGAGCUCAUAGGAUGGCACCCGGUCUCUGCGUUCAUGCCGUAUGGAAAACGACGGAGGAAGCAUAGACAGUGGAUCCAGAGCGCAUACGUGGAUCAAAACUCUCUGCUGAGUUAUAGGCCGGUACAGCGCCGCGAGUCGUACGCCCUCGUUGCGGCGCUGCUCGAGUCCCCGGAUCAAUUCCUGGCGCAUACCAGAAGGUUCGCUGCAGCUGUCGUGAUGGAAACUGUCUUUGGGCAGCCCAUACCAUCUGGCGCCAACGAGGAGCAUCUGCAGGCUGCAUUACAAGCGACCAUGGCUACCAAUGAUGCUGCAACCCUCACAGCUUCCUUGGUGGACUUCUUUCCUUUCAUGAGGCACAUUCCUACAUGGAUGCCUGGGGCUGGCUUCAAGCACAAUGCACUUCUAGUCCGAACCUACGUGAGCGCGAUCAUGGACAAGCCUUAUGACGUAGUCAAGGCCGCCAUCACCUCAGGAACCGCCAAGCCAUCAUUCAUGACGAAGUGCAUGGACAAGCCCAUAGAAGGUGAUCCAAAAGAGCACGAGGAAUAUAUCAAGGGCGCUGCCGGGGUGCUCUACGCCGCGGGCAUUGACACGACCAUGAUUGCACUGUCGACAUUAAUUUUGGCGAUGGCGCUCUACCCAGAAUGCCUCAAGAAGGCACAAGAGGAGAUCGGUCGCGUAGUAGGCAGCCAUCGACUGCCCGAGUUUGAAGACCGGGACUCGUUACCAUAUCUCGAGUGCAUAAUCAAAGAGGUCUAUCGAUGGAAUCCUCCUGUUCCACUCGGUAUUACCCACAGUCUCUCCGAGGACGACGUUUACCAAGGAUAUCACAUGCCCAAGGGCGCCAUAGUCGUGUCGAACAUGUGGGGGAUGGCGAACAAAUCAGAUGUUUAUGCUGAACCCGACGCUUUCAGACCGGAGCGAUUCGCAGGCAUGGAACCUGACAUAGCUGACCUCAAAGAUCCACGCAAGUACGUUUUCGGGUUCGGUCGCCGAAUAUGCCCUGGCCGCUACUUUGCCGACACAAGCAUCUGGUUGGCCGCUGCAAGUAUGAUUGCCACUUUGGACGUCUACAAAGCGCGUAACUCGCAGGGACAAGAGAUCAUCCCUCCGGCCGCAUUCAGGCCUGGCUUCAUUAGCAUCCCGGAGGAAUUUCCAUGCGAGAUACGACCACGGUCAGAGAAGGUGUCGAAGAUGAUAUUCGAGAUGCUCAACGCGACGCACGAUUCGGCGCCGGCUGCUAGUAGUGUGUCAUCGUACGAAGACACCAUGGCUUGA